CCAGCCGACUCAAAAAGAACUGUAUAGUAAUUUCUGGAACUUUCUACACAAUUCUCAAACCAUCAAACUAUCCCUAUUAUUUCUAGUAACAAUUCCUACUCAACCAUUCACGCAUGACACAACACCAAUAAUGCACUAUCACUGAUUGAUUCCUUCAUCAAAUUCAUCAACUAGUAAACAUCAACAACCACUACACAAAACCGAAAGCAAUUAAAAGCUUUGGCCUUUUGAGCUUAGAAUCAAGAAGAAGAAGAAGAAGAAAUUAAAGAUGGGAGUGGACUAUUACAAGAUACUUCAGGUUGAUAGGAGUGCCAAAGAUGAUGACUUGAAGAAGGCUUAUAGGAAGCUCGCAAUGAAAUGGCACCCUGAUAAGAACCCCAACAACAAGAAAGAAGCUGAAGCCAAGUUCAAACAAAUAUCUGAAGCCUACGAGGUUCUGAGUGAUCCCCAGAAGAGAGCAGUGUAUGAUCAAUACGGAGAAGAAGGCCUAAAGGGUCAAGUGCCACCGCCUGAUGCUGGUGGACCCGGUGGACCUGGUGGAGCUUCCUUCUUUUCCACAGGUAAUGGACCGACAACGUUUCGAUUUAAUCCUCGAAACGCAGACGACAUUUUUGCCGAGUUUUUCGGGUUCUCCGGCCCGUUUGGAGGCAUGGGAGGGAUGGGAGGUGGUGGUGGUGGUGGAGGCAUGAGAGGGUCAAGGUUCUCAAGUGGGUUUUUUGGUGAUGAUGGGUUUGCAUCUUUUGGAGAAGGAGGAGGAGGAGGAGGGUUUAUGCACCAAGGUGCUCCUAGGAAAGCUCCUCCAAUAGAGAGCAGGUUGCCUUGCAGCCUUGAAGAGUUAUACAAGGGAGCUUCCAAGAAGAUGAAGAUCUCUAGAGAAAUUGCUGACAUUAGUGGCAAAACCAUUCAAGUGGAAGAGAUCCUUACUAUCGACAUAAAGCCUGGUUGGAAGAAGGGCACAAAGAUAACCUUCCCAGAGAAAGGGAAUGAGCAGCCAAAUGUUAUACCUGCUGAUCUUGUAUUUAUCGUUGAUGAGAAACCCCACAGUGUUUUCACUCGAGAUGGAAACGACUUAAUUGUCACCCAGAAAAUAUCCUUGGCGGAUGCCUUGACGGGCUACACUGUCCACCUGACUACUCUGGAUGGCAGAACUUUAAAUAUCCCAAUCAAUAAUGUGAUUAAUCCAAACUAUGAGGAGGUUGUUCCAAGGGAAGGAAUGCCAAUCCAAAAGGACCCAACAAAAAAAGGCAACUUACGUAUCAAAUUCAACAUCAAGUUCCCUACAAGGCUUACUUCAGAGCAGAAGGCUGGAAUCAAGAAACUUUUGGGUCCAUGAGCAUGUAAUACUCGGAGAAAUGUAGCACUUAUGUGAAUAUAUAUAUCUGGGGUCUCUAUGAUUUACAA